AUGUACUCUCGAAACCUUGCCUCAAUCGCCUCGCGCGUGUGGCCCGGACGUUAUGACUCCAUACGGCCGGCUGGCCAAAUGGCCGCCCUCAGCCUCGGCCUCUGCCAGGGGCCCGACCGGGAGCACCCCCGGCCGGCCGGGCUCGCCGGUCUCCCCGUCCGCCGGCAUCACACCCUGCUGGACCGGUGGCCGGGCUUCGGGCAGUUCGCCCCGGAGGCCAGUCGCCCCGGCGCCCGGCCCUACUCGGCGGCCACCGCCUCGUCCCCCAAGGUCGGGGCCGUCCUGCCGGUCGACACCAUUCCGGCCCCCUGUGUGGCCGCCCCGAUUGAGGGGCGGUCCACCACCACCCGCCAGGGGCCCGCUUCGUCCUCAUCUUCACAUUCCUCCGCCGACUCCUCCGGCUCCUCGAGCGCCGACUCCUCCGGCCCCGAGGACCUGGCCUCCGACCCGACGCUCUAUGUGCCCACCGACCCGCACGACAAGUACGAGCACCUGGUCAAGGCCGACCCCUUCGCCAAUCACCCGCGCCUGGAGCUUCCGCUCUCAUCGUCGGCCGAUGACCCGGUCGGCGUGGCCAGUCGCCUGCGCUCGCAUGGGGUGAGCUUCGCCGGGCCGGCGGCCGCUGCGGCGGCGGCCGCCGCCGGCGUCACCCCCCACCGGCGCCCGGCAUCCGCCCACUCGGUGGUCACCGGCCACCAGGAGGUCACCAAUGCCAAGCAGAUGCCGCACUUCGGCAACCGCGCCUGGUCGGUGUCGCCCUCGCCGUUGCACGUCUACGGUGGCGGCUAUGGGGCCUCCCUCGGCGGCGGGGCUUCGUCUGCCACGCCGGACAGUGCCUCCGACUCGGAGUCCGACUCGGACGUCACCUUCAUCCAGGGCGAUGUCGACCCGGAGAAGGCCGUCCGCCGGAUCCGCCGCCGCCUGCGCGCCCUCCGCCUGGCGGACAUCGACCCGGUCCUGGCCGACAAGAUCCGCCACUAUGCCUCCUUCCCCCAGCGCAGCGUCACCCUGCGGCAAAUGGCCGAGUUCGGUGCGUGGUCUUUCUUGAUCCUCUCGGCCUCCGAAAAUGGCGAGGCCCUCUACAGCGAGACCCUGCAUGAUCUGUCGCACGACUGCCUGCCGGACAAUGUGGCCGAGGUCAAUGACCGCUUCGUCGAGCUGAUCGACAAAAUCAAAAACCGCCACAAUCUGGUGAUGACGUCCAUCGCCGAGGGCAUCAUCGAGUGGAAGCGCAGCCACCGGCAGCCGAUCAUCAACUCGGCCAUCCAAUCCUUCCUGGACCAGUUCUUCAUGGCCCGCAUCGGCAUUCGCUUCCUCAUCGGCCAGCACAUCGCCCUCAGUCGGCCGGAGAGCCUGCCCGCCGCGCAUGGGGGCCCCGGCGGCGGCCGGCGCUUCGUUGGCAUGAUCAUGCCCCACAUGCGGGUGUCAGAAAUCAUCGACCAGGCCAUCUCCGACGCGCAGAACAUUUGCGAGGCCCACUUCGACCUGUUCACCGCCCCGCCGAUCGUGCUCUCCUGCGACCCGGACCUCACGCUCACCUAUGUCCCGUCGCACCUGCACUACAUGAUCUUCGAGAUCCUGAAGAACAGCCUGCGCGCGGUGGUCGAGCGCCACGGCGGCCCGGAGCCCUGGCGCCUGACCUCCGACCAGUUCCCCCCGAUCACCAUCACCGUGGUCCGCGGCCAGGAGGAUGUCACCAUCCGCGUGUCCGACCAGGGGGGCGGCAUCCCCCGGAGUGGCCUUCGCCGGGUGUGGACAUACCUCUACACCACGGCCGCCGAGCCCCCGGCCCCCGGGCGCGGCUACUAUCGCCAGGCCGGCGACGGCCUCGACCCGGCGGCGGCCGCCGCCGACGGGGUGGAUGCCUCCGGCGCCGGCCAGAAGACCCCGAUGGCGGGCUUCGGCUACGGCCUCCCGCUGGCCCGUUUGUACUCGCGCUAUCUCAAUGGCGACCUGCGCAUCGUGUCCAUGGACGGCGAGGGCACAGACAUCUACAUCCAUCUGCCGCUCAAGGCCACCGGGCUCGAGCCCCUGCCUUGA